UCCAAAUUUCUGAAACCCCCUUACGCCUCCGUCUUCGUUCUCCUCGCUCCGUCUCCAAUGGCGGGUUCCAGAUCUCUAAUUCCUAGAACGCCUCUGAAACGCGCCGUCACUAGAGCAACCGGAAACCUAACAUCGGCGACGUUAGCUACGAUUUUGGCCGUACGAAACCUCUUCACCGGAGGAGGAUGUAAUGGAGACUACGAAAUAUAUGGUGAGCAAGGAAUGUUUUCUCAUUUCAAUGGAAUAAGUAAUCACAAAGUCAUUGGUAAUGCUGGCGCGCUGACUGGUCCAGUUCAUCAUCUUCUCGGUGUCAGCCAAACAAAAAAGCCCGCCUUUUUAUGGGUCCAAUCGAUGAGCUACCAGUUUGUGGCUGAUUCCCAUGUAUCUCCUAGACGUCUUGUGAAAAAUGAGGAUGAGGAAGAUGUUGCGGAUUCAUCAAAGAAGGAAAACGCUGAAUCCCCUAGGAGGCAUCAAAUUGGGGAGAACAUACCCAAGAAGGAUAAAAUAAAGUUUCUUGUGAACACUCUUCUUGAUAUCGAAGAUAAUAAAGAGGCUGUUUAUGGAGCUCUGGAUGCUUGGGUUGCUUGGGAACGCAAUUUUCCCAUUGCUUCCCUCAAAAGAGUAAUAGCUAUUCUUGAAAAGGAACAUCAAUGGCAUCGAAUGGUCCAGGUAAUAAAGUGGAUCCUAAGUAAGGGACAAGGGAACACGAUGGGGACAUAUGGACAGUUGAUACGCGCGUUAGAUAUGGAUCGUAGAGCAGAAGAGGCGCAUGCUAUUUGGCGAAAGAAAAUCGGGAAUGAUCUGCAUUCUGUGCCUUGGCAAUUAUGCUUACAAAUGAUUCGCAUAUAUUUCCGGAACAACAUGUUACAGGAACUUGUAAAGCUGUUUAAGGACCUGGAAAGUUAUGACCGUAAGCCUCCGGAUAAACACAUUGUGCAGUCAGUGGCGGAUGCCUACGAGCUAUUAGGGAUGCUUGAGGAAAAAGAAAGAGUAAUGACCAAGUAUAGCAAUCUUUUUCUUGGUACAGCAUCAGACGAUAAUUCAAGAAGAUCUUCACGGAAGAAGAAGAAAGCAGGAGUGAGGGAUUCUGAAGCAAAAGCUGAAUUACAAGAAAAUGUGGAUAAUCACCAAGAAUCAGAAGCUGCCACAGAGAAAGCACCCGAACAUGGAGCAUAAGUUGUGUACUUAGUAAUGUUUGUAAUCGGUAAAUCACUAAAUUGUCGAUUGCAAGACACUGUGACAAAGCUCAGACCAGCUUCUGAGAAUUAGGGUUUAAGGUUUGCUCGUCAAGGAAAGAACAUCCCUCAUAAUCAGCUUACCCGAA